AUGGGAGUUGCAAAGCCGCAAAGAAGAGAACGGCAGAAAACCAGAUCGGCUGAAAACCGCCUUGGCGCCGGCCGCUGUGGCUUCGGCGGUCAGAAGACAAGCGUCGCGCAAUGGAUCGCGCGUUUCUUUUUUUCCUCUUAGCUCUUCUGAACUCGGCUCAGUCGCGUUUCACACCAGACUUUUCGAGUUGGAUCUCCGAACGAUACGGACCAGAAGUACGCAACCAGAUUGAGAGGUACGUGAAGCUGAGAGCUUAUCAUGUGUAUAGAGAUGAGCUCUGGUAUGAUUCGAAUUAGCCUGUUUACGCUUCUCUUCAUUUUUCAAGCACGACUCGUAGGUACUGAGCCCGGUAAAAAUCCAUUUUGCUGAUGUAUACUUAAGCGAAACCGCUAAAUGAAAAACAAAGAGCUUUUUCCAUAAUCUGUUUUUGUUGAAAAAAAAUUCUUUCAAAGCUCGUGUUGUUGUUGUUGGACUUGUUUUCUGUUAGCUUCUGUUAAUGUUAAACUUCUGUUUCCUCAAUAAAAUUGUCCAUUUCAGGCUUGACCUCGGUCCUGGAGGGUCUUAUGGAGGGAAGCAAAACCGCGACGAGAACCUCACCAAUCAACCAGUAGUUUUCGUGCAUGGCGUUUCCGACACAGCCGGUGAGAAGCCAACCGAGGCGGCCAAUUGGUUCCGGUGAGGUUUCAUCUUCUCUUUUUCCCGUCCUAAUUCGCGAUUUUGUGAAAAGAUUACACAUUGGCAGUGCAAUGUAGUAGUUAGAAAAAAAAAAUCUGAUUAACUAGCCACAGUAGAAAAACCAAGUUUGGCGAUCUUUCCUCUUUCAUUGGGACACGUGUGCUAGUUCAGACAGAACGGCUACAGCGCCAAUGAGCUCUACUCGACAACUUACUUUAACGGCGCACAAGGAAAUCCUUUGAAAUGGGUCGAGUAUAGCAUGCGUUGUGAGUACAUCAAGCAGGUAAAUCACCGUUCGGGACAGACGUUCUUGACUUUCUUGACCCCUGAUCUCCCAGAUUUUCUAAAACCCAUGAAAAUUUCUCUAGGUCCGUUCUUUACUCGUUUCUGUUCGCCUCUACACCGGUACUAACAUCGACGUAGUCGCGUAUUCUCUAGGCGUUGUGGUUGCCCGAAAAGCCAUUCUCGGAGGUUUUUCGCUCGUUCCAACGCCAGGUUAACGAUAUGCCGGAUUUAGGGCGCUGCGUGGACACGGGAGAAUACUUAGGAAGCCCUCUAACUAGAAUCGUUGACACUUUCGUUGGCGUCGCUGGACCGAAUCAUGGAAUCAGCCCCCAGGCAACUUUUGAACAUUAAAAUAACGAAUAGGCUUUAAAAACAUUCCCCUUCAGGUUGGCGGUGUUGGGCUGCCAGCCUGUGCUCUGGCAAUAGCUCCUAUUUGCAAUCAAGUCAAUGGGCUGUAUUCUGGAAUGUGUCCAAACGAGAGCGAAUUUCUUCAGGUUGCAAAAUCGAAACAACUUUUUUCAAAAUCAAAGUUAAGGACAUAAAUCGCUUUUCGCACUAUGAGGGACAAUAUGUUUACUCUAUCUAUUCGACUAAAGAUCAGGUCGUUGGCCAAAGUGUAUGCAAUCAAGUGAGGAAAGCCCGAAAAUGAUAAAAAAGAGGUUAAAUUCCCAGGUGACGUCGCGGAUACCUGGUCAGACAGGAGAGCGAGUUUUCGACCAGUUCAACCACGACCAGACCUUUGACAAUACGCACGGCGUUCAGCUUUCAAUGAUCCGAGACCACGUCAUUGUCUGA